CUCUAGUCCAUCCUGUUUGGUUGAAACGGUUCAAACAAAUAAAACGGUUUGAGUCAACGGUUUUCCUCUAUUGACGGGUGAAAUUUUCAUUCUGUUCAUUUGUGCAAUCGACAAAAUGCGAAAGUUCCUGGCCAAGAGCUCAGACCAUUAAUUAGUUGAACGAAGAUGCAAUCGGAUACAUCCGAGAUGUAUUUCCAGAUCAAUGUGACACCCAAGGCCGAAAAAUCAGCCGGGGCCCAGGAGAAGGCCCUCGAUGUACAGGCGGUACUUGUACUGGCGCCCUUUCAACCCCAACCUCACCUCAACAUCGAGUCAUCCAUCAAUGUGCCGGCUCAGACAAGUUUGAUCAUCAAAAAUAUAAGCAGUCGUUCCUUGAACGUGAAGGUUUCCAGACCGCCUCCAGAGGAACGUCGGAUUCUUCUUAGUGCCACAGAGCUCUCGCUCUCUCCCGAAUCCUCUGCAACGCUCUGGCUCUCUUGGACGCCCUUGGAGUCAGGCUCAUGGCGAGACACCCUCCAGUUAACCGACAAUCGUCGCCUCAAGUUCGAGAUCCCCCUGACCACAACCUGCCUCGCCUCCAAGAAAUCGAACGUGAACAAGUCUUCCCGACAUCAACCCCAGAAAAUCCUCGUCCCCUCUAACGACAACAACCCCUCAAAAACCCAUUUACGCCCGUCUGACUCACUCCUACAUCGAAAACAGCAAAAGAAGCUGCCUGACAACAAGGAAAACAUCACCAAGAGGCAACUCUCCUCCAACGUAUCCUCGAAGGGCUCCCGAUUGUCAAAUGCAUCAGUAACGAGUGACUUCUUUUUCAAGCCUUCAAAUGGGAAAAAUUAUCAGAAUUUCCGUUGCAAUACAGACAAUUAUUCCCAGAAUAGUCAAAACUCUUAUACAAAUCGUCAAAAUGUUGAUGGUUUGGAGACCUUCAACACCAGUAAUUUUCAGUUGACUCCACUGAAGAAUUCCCACCCUCCGGGUUCGGAGAAAACCUCAGUGAAAUAUGAAAAUCACCCUCAGGGCUUUGACAUCCAUCCCAGCAAUCACCAGGAGACACUACUCCCAUCUGACACGAGGGAAAACUUCCCCAGAAAAGGGCAGAUUCCUUUCAAUCCAUAUUCAAAGGUCUCAUCGUCAAAUUCCUACACAAAUCAUCAAAAUUUGGAAAUCCCUGGAGCUUUCAACAUCAGUAGUUUCCAGCUGACUCCCUUGAAGGACUCCAACCUUCAUAAAUCUGAGAAAUUUUCAACAGAACAGGACAACCAUCACCAGGACUUUGACUUUUCUCCACGAGACCCACGAAUCAUCUCUCCAGACAAUCAACAGCACUCGCUGCCCCUUCGUCGAGAGACUUACCUUAACCCAGACCCUAAAUUCUGUAAACUUCCCCCUCUGCAGCCCCUGGAGCACGAGGAGGACUUUGAUGACUCAUUAUCGCCAAAACCUGAUGAUCGGAAGAAUUCAGGGAACUUCUCAGCUCUCAUUGACGAUCUGGCAAAUUUCACAACUCCUCAGAAAUCAAAUUGUCCACGUGAUAAUCGAGGGCUGACUGUUACCAGGACCAUCAAGGAGGAGAUCAUCAUCACCAAUCAUAAUGGCACCUUUGAAAUAGCUGGGUCUGGAGGGGAGGUCCGGAGACAGCUGGGAGAGCUCGAGUUUUGCUUCGAACACGAUCACAAGAAGCCGAUAAACCAUCAGGGACAAUCAGAAGUGGAUCAGUUUCAGGGUUCCUCCGGCGUUUCGACUUCAAUGAAAAUUACAAGAGGAAAUAGAGACGAUUUCAAAGGGAAUUGUCAUGCUGGAGACGCUGACCAUUCUCAGAAUCACUACAGGAGCGAUUAUCGAACAUCAGAAACUGAUGAUUACCACAACUUGUCAGGGAUUUCUGCCUUUUCGAGGGAUUUGAAAGGCACUGAGGGCUUCGUCGACGGAGAUUAUGGCCGCAGAGAAGCUGGACAGCAUCAAAAUCACGUGAAAAAUGAUUAUCGACAGUCAGCGGAUGAUGGAAUUUAUGAUUCUUUAGGAGUUUCAAACUGUUCCCGGACUUUUAAAGAUCCUGGAGACUUUUUACGCGUAAACUAUAACUCUAGAGUCCCUGCGCAUCAUCAAAGUAAUUAUCAGCAAUCAGACAAAUUCCCCCAGAACUACACUGGAGCCCCUGGAUCCUAUCAUCGUCAAUCAGAGUAUCCAGAACUCUACGUUCCUGUCACCCACGGCCAACCUUUCAACCUCCAAAGACACUCAUCAGUCGAGGAUUUCACCGCUCCUCAUCAGAAUCAACAUCCACAAUCUCGACAACCAGACACGGACCAUUUUCUACGUUCCGUAAAGCUAUCCAAAUCGUUUGGGCGUCUUUCGCCAGUUUCAUCGAACACAUCGUCACCUGAGGAGUCCCUUCCUCCGGUCUCCUCGUCGCCCUUCUCUUCGAUCAGAACCACAGACUCAUCAACAGUUCAACAAGUGAUCGAGGCUGACCUUUGGCUAAAGGACGAGCCCAAGACACCCCUACGUCACCAAAAGUCCAUUUCUCUGGAAAGCAUCACCGAGGAAACAUCGUUCAGCCAUCAGUUAAGGCUUCCCCAGAUUAAUUUCAAUUUGAAUGUGACAAAAACAUUUUCUUCGCCUCUGAAACCGACAGUCUUCGAGAUCUCACCAGUGAAGCGAUCGUGUGGGCUUCCUGGAGGGAUUCGAGGACUCAGGGAGACCAAUUACCACCGGAUCUCGCCGAGAAAACCCUCAAGAAUCGGAAAAGACAGAACGAAGGAGAAUCAAAUGUUUCUCAAGAGGACAAAGAUGGCUUUGGGAAGGCAGAAGACUAUUCCUGGAGUCAGGGUGACUAAAUUGUCCCUCUCAAAGCUCCAUAAGCCUAAGGAGCCGAAGAUACAGGAACAGAGUGUCAAGCUACAUAAUCCAGAGCAGAUUACAUUCGAUGUUUUCCAUCUUGAUCCCUUCGCAGCGACUAUGACUGAGGAUCCCUUCCUCGCCUCCAGUCUUUAUUAUGACGAAAAUUGGAUGUGGAGCCAGGAAAUGGAGUUCAAGAAGUGGUUGAAUGCUUUGCUGACACCCCCUGAGCACCUCAGUGCUGAUGUGGACAGUGGAAGGGUCGACGUAGGGAAAGUCUGGCAGUCCUGCAGGACCAAGGAGUCCAUCCCUCUUGCAGAGACCCGUGAAGCAGUCUCAGCAAGGUACCACACGAACCACCGUCUGAACACUCUCCGUAAGGCAGCCCUUGUCCUCUUCAACAGCUCCGAGGUGCGAUCGAUUCUCUCCAGGACAGUUCUCAUGAUAGAGAAAGGCAAUUUAGUCGUGCGCCAGGACAAAGACCUUCAUCGAGACAUUGGCCUCCAGAAGGAAAUCCUCGAGCUCUUCUUCGGCUACAAUCCUUUGUGGUUGAGAAUCGGUCUUGAGGUCGUCUACGGGGAGACAAUUCCCCUCGCCUCCAACAACGACCUCAUCGGUCUAACCAAAUUCAUUCUCUCUAGAUUCUUCAACGACCCCUUCCUCGCGGAGAAGUACUCCCAUCAAAAUUCAACCCUGAAGACCCCCAACUUCAUGCCUAAUCUUAACAAAUUUAUUCUGAAAAAGUUUAUCCUUCUGGUUUACUUUCUGGACUACGCGAAGAGGAACAAGUUGAUAGCUCAUGAUCCCUGUCUCUUCCACAAAAAGGCCCAAAUCAAGGAGAGCAGGGAGAUCCUUCUGAAUUUCUCUAGGCAAACACUGAGUGGAGUUGGAGAUAUCACGAAGAUGCUGAAGCCCCAUGGGUAUGUCCUGAUGCACAAACAGACGUAUCUGGAUGAGUAUGACUACGCUGUCAAAGACCUUUCGGUGGACCUCAGGGAUGGCGUGAGACUCUGCAGGAUUAUGGAAAUUAUCAUUGGGGGAAAAAAUCUCACCUCCAAGUGCAGGGUUCCAGCUAUUUCCAGACUCCAAAAGGUUCACAAUGCAGACGUAGCUCUGUCUGCUCUCCACGAAGCUGGCUACGUUAUUACCGGAGAUAUUGACGCCAAAGCAGUAGCUGACGGCCACCGAGAGAAGACUCUGAGCCUCCUCUGGCAAAUAAUCUAUAGAUUUCAGGCUCCACGCUUCGCGAGAGCAGCUAAGAUUUUGCAAAAAUGGUGGAGAGCCAAUUUAUACUACAUUCACGUCAGGAACUACCUCAGAAGACGACGAAGUAACGCUGCUAUUGCCAUCCAGUGCUGCUGGAGGUCAUACAGGGCCAGGCGAAUGUUCCAAGACCUGAAAACUCAGAAGCAAAACGAAAUUUUCCAGAGGAAUAACGCAGCGGAGUUAAUUCAGACCUGGUGGAGAUCCCUUAAAGACCGAAGAUCCUUCUUGGCCUGUAAGAGGGCAACAAUAAUACUGCAGACUACCUGGAGGAGGUACAGGAUCUCCAAACCCUAUCUCCGGGACCUCCAAAGGAAGAAGAACGCUGCAAGCGCAAUUCAGCGUUUUUUCAGAAGUUACAGAAUCAUGAAGUCUCAGCGAGACAAUUAUUUAGAGACUCGUGUAGCUGCUUUGAUGAUCCAGAGAUGGUACAGAACAAUGUCUCAAGGUCACAAGGAUCGCGAGGCCUUCAACAACCUGAAAGCAACCGCGAUCUUCGUUCAGAGAAGAUUCAGAGCUAAUAAAUCAAUGAACCUCCAGAAAAAUAAAUAUCUUGUGGUUCUAACGAGUGUUAAAACCAUUCAGAGAUGGUGGAGGGGACAUUUGUUAACGAAAAGGACGAGAAAUGAGUUCAUCAUCAAGAAACAUUCAGUGAAAAUCAUUUCUUAUUGGUACAGUGGGCUACAAUCAAUGAAAAUUGAGAGAAAAUCGUUUUUGGAGAAGAGAAAUUCAGCUGUUGUCAUUCAGAGGGCCUUCAGAAGGGUCAGGGAGACUAAAGAUCAUCGACAACAAUUGAAGGAGGCCAUGAGGGCGGUAGUUGUCAUUCAAACCUGGUGGAGGCGAGUGCACUCCCAAAGACAAUUUGAAGCUAAACGAAAAUCUGCCAUCAUCAUUCAGAGGUGGUACAUAUCCUCUAAACUCACAAUCCAACUCAAUCGCAAUUAUCUUAAACUCAAGUCCGCUGCCAUCAUCAUCCAGAAGAGCUUCAGGAUGAAGAUAGCGCGUAAGGAGUACUUCAGAAUGAAGAGAUCAGUGACUAUAAUCUCACAUUGGUACUUAAAUCUAAAAGCAUCAAGAGCCAUUAGAAAUGAAUUCUCCAGGAAGAGGAAUGCCGUCAUCGCCCUCCAAAGACGGUUCAGGAGUCUCCAAGCAACUAGAAAACAGCGCAAGGAGUUCCUGGAGAUGAGACAGAGCGUUCGCAAAAUCCAGAUCUUGUGGAGAUCUAAAACUUUGACUAGAAAAACGAGAACUCAAUUUUUAGAGAUGAAAGCUGCGGUUGUAACGGUUCAGACGUUCUUCAGGGGACUCGUAGCAAGAAGGAAACUGAGGCAUCUCCAAGAUUGUCAAAGAGCUGCGAAGAUCUUGCAACGGGCCUGGAGAGCCCAAAAGUUAUCGAAGCAAAUUAGAGAGAAUUAUUUAAAUAAGCGAAGCUCCAUUAUUUGUAUCCAGAGAAGACUCAGGGCUACUUUAGCAGCUAGAAAAUCCCGACGUGAGUAUGAAACACUCAGGAAGGCCGUCAUCAGCGUUCAGAGGAGAUUUAGAGCUCAACGGAUGAUGAGAACGAUGAGGCGAUCGUUUUUGGCAAAGAAGAGGGCAGUUGUUCUGGUGCAGUCAAUUGUGAGAAUGAGGAAAUGCCUCAGAAAUUAUCAGCGAGUAAAGACAGCUGUAACUGUCAUUCAGGCGAAGUGGCGAUCAACGGUUGUCUCCAGAGUGAUAAGACAGGAUUAUUUGAAGCUGAAGACAGCUUCGAUUUUCCUGCAGAGGACAUUUAGAGCGAAAUUGGAGGGAAGAAGGGUGAGGCGGGAGUUCCUACAGGUAAGGACAACUGUGGUGGCGGUCCAAAGGGCCUGGAGAAGAAAGUUGAAGGCUAGGGAGCAGAGGGAAGCAGCUGUUGUCAUUCAGAUCUGGUGGAGAUCGAUGGUAAUCGCCAGAAGGGAAAGAAAGCUAUUCCAGGAACAGAAGAAAGCUGCAAUUGUGGUCCAGAAGUUCUUCAGGGGAUGGAUGGAGACCAAGAAAAGGAGACAGGAGUUUGAGAGGGUCAGGAAGGCUACGAGCGUCAUUCAGAGCUGUUGGAGACGAUUCAGAGGCAGGAGGGAAAGAAAGAAGAUGAUGGAAGCCAGGAGAACAGCCGUUUUAGUGAUUGUGAGGUGGUGGAGGGCUGUCGUGGAGAGGAGAAGACGAGAGGAGGAGGAGAGGGAGACCCUCAGGAAGCAGAUUAGGGCUGCCAGGGUCAUUCAAGCAGCUUGGAGGGGACACCAAGUGCGUAAAGAACAAUCAACAAAGAUAAAAGAGCUGCGCAUUCGAUCUAAAAAGGCAGCGGAGGCAGCGGUUCCCUCAACAACAGUAGCCUACCGCCUUGAAGAAGCUAUGAAUGGUCUGAUGACCUUCAAUAACGUUGGCCAGCUCUCGAUGUGCCUCGCGUGCAUUGACAUAUUGACGAGACUAAGCAUCAAGGGUUGCGUGAUGUUCUGUAAAUUACAACUAGUGGAAAAAAUUUACGACCUGCUGGAACAGUCUAAUAGGUCCUUGCCCUGGAUGGAUGUUUGCAUGAGGUGCACCAAUAUCUUGAUCACCCUGGCGAAGCUGCCGGACACUGCUAGGGAGGUGAGAAGGUUGGAGUACAUGGAGACUGUGGCUAGAUUAAUGAAUGUCACGAUCAAAGGACAGACGGAGCUCUUCCUGAAUCUGGCCACUCUGCUCUGGGUUCUAUUAGGUGACGAGGAAUUCAGGAUGCAGGUGAUCAACGACCAGAGGACUGUCUGGUUAGUGAAGAGUGCUUGCAGCACUGGGCUGAAGAGGGAAGGAAAAGGAACACCUAUGAAGAGGAGAAAUACGAGCUUGGAGAGGAUAAUUGUCCUUCCGAAUCCGAAACCUGAUUGGGGACUAGCUAACAGACGACCCAGGUGCUUCCUUAAGGUGGAGCAUGCGUUGUGGGUGCUAAUGGAGAUGUUUGAAAUCCAAACGUUUGGAGUUUAGGAGAGAUCAUCGGGGAGGAAUUGUUAGUAACUACUGUAAUACUUUAACCUUUCGGAGAUGGCGAGGAGGUCCAAAUUGUACUGUAUCUUGGUCAGGAACCACCUGAAAAGAGGAAAAGUGAUGCUACGAUCUGAUAGAGGCUAGUAGAAUUAUACGGACUUCCAAAUUUUACAAAAAUUUGCAUUUUCGAGGUUCAUUUCAUAUUUUUUGGAGGGUCAAAAAAGCUUUGUUUUGUCUUACAGAAUAAAUUUCGACCAGAAGGAAUGAAUAGCUUCGAGAGAAAGAAUUUAGUUAAUGGCAUUUACUUCAUUUUAUUUUUUUCGUUUAAUUUCACUCCUCAAGAAAUAAAAAAAAAUGUAGAUUGGUGAUAAUGAAUUGUCAAAUAUGUCACUUUGCAACAUUGAAAUAAACAACUAUAUCGCGAUGUGGAAAUAGAGUAUAAGCUUCCAUGAAUCUUUGGAAUAUUUUUUAAUAAUGAUGUAGGCUAGGCCAUUAUUGUACUGUAAAUAAUUAUACUAGAUUAUUACUAGUUAUAAAAUUUUUAUACUUAUGAUGUUUUAUACUUCAAAGAAUCCAAGGCUUAAAAUAAUGUAUUCCCUUUUUAAUAAUACUUUUUAUUGCAAUAAAUAUAAUAAACAAUAAUCAUUA